UGCAGACUACGGUCUACGCUGUCAUUUGUCAAGUAUUAUUUUUGUUUAUUUAUAAAUCUCAAUAACAAAAAGUAACUUAGUUUAUAAUGUAACAAUACUAUUAUACAAAAUGGGUUUAGAUCUAUUAAAAGUGUCCCAUAUGUUCUUUAUUAGUAGUAUAAUUGUAUUUUUUGCAGUAACUGUAACUAUUUUUAAUUACAUUCAUAUAACCUCAAAGAUGAUUAUUGAUGAAGAAUUUCAUCUGCCUUUAGGAAAAUUAUAUUGCAACUUUGAUUUUUCUGUGUGGGAUCCUAAAGUAACUACUUUGCCAGGUUUAUACAUAGUAAGUUCGAUGAUUAUGGGCCCCCUCAGUUUAUGCACAACAUAUUGGUUACGAUUUGUGUCUUUGAUAUUUUCCAUUGUCAACAUACUGCUCUUCUACAUCCUUUUUGAUACAUAUGAUAAGCAUCAAUGGGGUAAUAUUUUUUCAUCUAUGACAUUAGCUUUACUUCCUCCAUUGUAUUUCUUCAGCCAUGUUUACUAUACUGAUGUGGUCUCUUUGACAAUGGUUCUGCUAAUGAUUGUAGCAAGUGAAAAAAAGUAUCAUUAUAUGGGAGCUAUAUUUGGCAUAGCUGCUAUAAUUUGCCGCCAAACCAAUAUCAUCUGGCUCACACUUAUGGCCGGAAAAUAUGCUUUAACAGAAAUGUACAAAUGUUGCUCAGAUAAGGAAAUUUCAAGAAGAGGAAUACCUGCAAUUGAAUUUAUAACCUUUCUGACUGAACUACUUAAAAAUCCAUUGAAUAAAUUACGUAAGACGACAACCACAUUUUGGUGUAAUGCACUAUGGUAUAUUGCAGUAAUGUUAAUAUUUGUAGGAUUUUUGAUCUACAACGGAGGUAUAGUUGUGGGAGAUAAGACUGCUCACGUAUCUACAAUACAUAUUCCACAACUGUUCUACUUUUCUUUGUUCUGUCUGAUUUUCUCUUGGCCUCAUUUUGUUGGGGAAGUUUCGAGCUUUCUAGCAUUUGCUAGGAAACAUAAAAUAGGUGUUUUUGUACUUACUUUACUAGGAUUUUUAAUUGUUAUGCUUAAUACCCAAGUACAUCCUUAUUUAUUGGCAGAUAAUAGACAUUACCUGUUUUAUAUUUGGAACAGAUUUUAUCAGAAAUAUGUUUUGUUUAAAUAUGCCAUCGUACCAGUGUACAUAUUUGCGUGGUAUGUUAUUAUCAAAUUGCUUUAUGACAAAGAUGAUAUAACAUUUUUAUUCUUGUACUUAGUUUGUACAACGAUAGUAUUAGUUACUCAGAAAUUGAUAGAAAUUCGCUACUUCCUUAUACCGUACAUACUUUUCAGACUGAGAUUAAAAAGCAAUGCCAAUAAUGCAUUUAAUUUAGUUUUAGAAUUUGUAACUUAUUUGUUAAUUAAUUAUAUAACUUUACAAUUGUUCUUUACCAAAGUUGUUACUUGGGAUGAUUAUUCUGAGUUUCAAAGAAUAAUCUGGUAAGUGUAGACAAGAAUACAGUCCUGAAGUAAAGUAUUUAUUAAUGCUAUGAGAUGACAAAUAAAAUACCAAGAUAUUUUUUUAAUUUUUUAUACACAAUAAGCAUACCAGCCCACUCUAGAAAUGAAACAUGAUUUUCACGG